AGAGGCGACACAUUGAGUCACGUUACCACAUUUUGACUAUACAAAACCGGACCGAGACCCCCGCCCGGAAAGACAAGCACAAUUCCUGAGGUAUGUCUGAGGCCGACAACAGUGAGGAAGAUCUCGGAGAGGCACUGAAACGCAGAUUCAAGGAUCAGAGACAGAGGCGGAAGAAAAGGCUGCUUGAGCAGUCUGCAGCCCAGGAGUCCCAUGAUGACGUGGAGGAGAUAUCCAGCAUUCAGCCCCACAGUGAAAAUGAGGGAGCAGCUGAGAAGGCAGCAGACCCCGUGGUUUGUUCCCGGCCCCCGACUGGUUCUCGGAGAGGUCUCUCCUCAACAACGCAGCAUGCCUCUGGUUCUCAGCCUCUAGACACGUCUGUGACACAACACCUGAAAGACAAGCUGAGAGCAGCCAUAUCUAAAGGUCAGUCAGCCAGUCGCCGACAGAGGGGCAGACACAGGCGCAAUGUGACAUGGUUUGACAGAGAGAUUGAUCCUGACAGAGCUGGAAGACAUGAUGUCCUUCCUGACCUCAGCACCAGGGUCAAGCUCCAAAAAGGAUCAAAACAAGCAGAGAAAGGCCUCCCGACUGCUGAGGAGGCAUACAAUUUCUUUACGUUCAACUUUGAGCCAGAUGCACAAGAUGGGACUGAGAGGAUUAGCAGGGAAAGACGAAAACAGAAAAAAACAACUGACGAGGACAGAGAUGACGGAGGAGGAGAUGAAGCUCAAGAAGACAGUCACAUAGAUAAUCAAGAUGAAAACGAAGACCAGGGUGAAGAAGCUCCUUUGGUUCGAGACGAAGAGGAGGAUGCAUUCGUCAUUGAAAAGUCGUCCCAAGACUUCCUGGAAGUGAGAAAAGCAGGGUACAUAGGGAUCCGAAAACGUAUUCAGAGAGAAAAGGAGCUUCUCUAUACGCCAAGUAACCGACCAGUGCCAACCUCAAUUAAACUGCCUGAAAAUGUGCAGCCCCGAUAUCUAGAAGAUGAGGGUCUGUAUGUAGGGAAGAGGCCCCCCAUGUCCCAGACUAAUAAGAACCUUCUGGAGAACCGCAUUCUAAAGAUGGAAGAGGGAAAGAAGUGGUUUGGAGAUGACGGCAGUGUCAUUGCUCUGCCUGACCCCAUAAAGGAAUCAUCCACAAGACCACCUCUCUUCCACAUGGAGGAGGACCUGCACCCUGCACUGCAAACUGUAUACAGGAAGGCACUGAAGUCCAAGGAUGCAAAUAUGUACAUCGCCGGUACAGCGGAUCCUGAGGGAGACUAUCAACUUGAUGUGGAUGUUUCUGGGCUGAUCUUCUCCCAUCACCCGCUAUUCAGUCGCGAACAUGUCCUGGGGGCUCGUCUAGCUCAGCUGUAUGAUCGGUACCUGACCAGGCAGCACAAUAACCUCACAGGACACCUUACUGACAAGUUGAAUGGCUUGAGGAGUGCGCUGCGGAAUAUGCUUGAGAUCCACGGGGGCCAGAGCCUCACUCAGGGCAUGCAGCAGAGGAUAUAUGACUACAGUCUGGAGGUUCGAAAUACCCGGCAGCUCCGAGACAGCGAGCAGGAGAAAGACCGGACUCUGCUGAAGAACAUAAUUAAAGUGUGGAAGGAUAUCAAGGCCCUGAGAGAGUUUCAGAAGUUCACCAACACACCCUACAAGCUCUACCUCAGAAAACAGAAUGUCGACCGGGCGUCAGAUGAGCGGGAGUUUGAAGAUGAAAUCUUGGCAGAAGUUAUGGAAUUGGAGGCUGAGAGCGAGGAAGACUACCAAAGAAGGCUGGCAGAGUACAAGAAACAGCUGGGGGAGUGGAAGCUCUCGAGAAGAAAACAGAAAGCCAAAAAAAAGAAGAGAAAAAAGAAGGAGAAGGGCAAGGUACAGGAUGACAAAGAAGAAAUAAAAGGUGAAGACCAGGAGUUGAGUGAAUCAGAAGGUUUUGUUGAAGAAGAUCUUCCAAAGCCGGAAGCUCCCAACAUGCCAGACUUUGACUCUAUAGAGCAGCGAGUCAGAGAGAAAGCCUCCAGGAUAUGCAGGAAACCAGGAGAGCCUGUCCUGAUUCCUGAGCUGUGUGCUUCUGGAAACACCACCGCCAGUGAACUGUGCCCCAGGGCUGAAAUAGCUCGAAGAGAGGACGUUACAAGGCGCCAUCUUUUCGUGAAGAUCCUAUACAAUGACAAAGAAGUUUCCCGAACUGAGAGCCGCCCCCUCAACACUGACUUCAGAGUGCACUUUGGUCAGAUUUUUAAUCUGAAGAUAAUUAACUGUCCCCAAAGCAUUAAUCUGCAGGUGUUUGAGGAGAUUGGAUCGUCGUGUUCCCUCCUGGCUCAAGUGUUCAUCCCAGUGCCAGAACCCUCUGUCUUGACGGGUAGCGCCCCUCUUGAGGAAUUUGAGUUUAGCAGCAACCAGAGAGUGAUGUUCGACCAUGAGGGAGUUGGAAGUGAUGUCCCCCUUUCCUUUGAGGCUGAUGGCAGUAACAAUCAGACCCUGCUGACCUCUGGUAAACUGUCCUGCUGUGUUUCCUGGGGUAUUGGGGAGGACGAUGUCCCACUUGCCCCUCCUGUGUCUCAACAACCUGGCGGCGUCCACAGUGGCCUGGGCCGUCUUGAUACUGUCACAUGCAUCGGGGCAGGUGAACUUCUUGACAUCAAGAAACUUAGGGAGUGGGCCACACAGUCACGACUGGACCCCAACGAUCCAGAGAACGCCCCCAUCAUGCAGCUGCUGAAAGUGGCCAGAAGUGGAGAGGUGACAGCUCCAGACUAUUUCCGACUAGAGCAGCUCCAGGAGGAGUUUAACUUUGUGACUGAUGAAGAGUUUGAGAGUUCCAAACGAUUUCGCCUGCUCAGGCUCAGGAACAAAGGAGUUGCAGAGUUUCGAAAUUACAAAUGUGUUCCUGCUCUGGAGAGUGAGGUCUCUGACAAGGUGUUCCAGGAUUAUGAGAAGAGACUGAAAGAAGAAGAUAUAAUUGACACCAAAGAGCAUCUGGAUUCACACAGAGCUUUAGUCGCCAAAUACCUUCAGAAGAUCCGAGAAUCAGUCAUCAACAGAUUUCUUCUUGCCAAGCAUCGCUACCUCCUGUCGGACUUAGUGAUCGAAGAGGAGAUUACAAGCAUUGGGAAAAUAUCAAAUAUCUUGGAUUACCAAGAACUGUGGGAUCAACAGCCAAAUCAUCGUAUCAGGGAGAGUGACAGGGCCUCCAUAAAUCACGGGCUGAUGUUUCUGGGAAUCAACCUUUUCAAGCUGGCUGAGCCCAAGCGGCCGCUGAAACCUCAGAGGAAAGAGAGAAAGAAGGUGACGGCUCAGAAUCUGUCCGAUGGAGACAUCAAACUGCUGGUGAACAUCAUCCGGGCCUACGACAUCCCCGUCCGCAGACCCCAGAGCAAUAAGCCAGGACAGUCGCCUCAGAGCGCCAUGCAGGGCAGCGACUGGCUCAUCGGCCAGGUACAAGUGAGGCCAUUUGUGGAGAUUUCCUUCCAGCGCACGGUUCUUCAAACAACCACAGCUGAUGGACCGAACCCCUGCUGGAACGAGGAGCUGCAGCUGCCAUUCACUGCCCCAAAUGGUGACUACAGCAUUGCCAGCUUGCAGUCAGUCAAAGAUGAAGUCUUCAUCAACAUAUUUGAUGAGGUGGUUUAUGAAAUUGGAGUGAAUGACAAAGACGGUGGUAAAUCGAUACACACCCGGGCAGAGAAGCACUGGUUAGGCUCUGUCAAGAUUCCCUUCAGCACCAUUUACUCUCAGUCCAGGAUUGAUGGAACAUUCAAGGUGAACACACCAGCAGUGCUGCUGGGGUACAGUAAGGAGAGGAGCCAUGGCAGCAGUGGAGGCUAUGAUAUGUUGCGAAGCCUGAGCGAGGGAGCAUUUAUCACACUCUUCAUCACCAUCGAACCUCAGCUGGUGCCUGGGGAGUCUAUCAGGGAGAAGUUUGACAGCCAGGAGGAUGAGCGGUUACUGCAGGCCUCAGAGAGAUUUGAGUGGGAUGCAGCGCAGGGAUAUCCGGACAGACCCUGCAUUUCCACCGUCACAGACCUCAGCGGGAAAACGGUCUUCAUCACACGUUAUAUUCGACCGCUCAACCCCCCACAGGAGCUACUGGAUGCCUUCCCUAAUAACCCCCAGGAGGCCACGACCCUGGUGGCCCGGUUCGUUUCGCUCAUCCCUUCUCUGCCAGACAGAGUCUCGUUUUCUGGUGUCUGCGACCUGUGGAGCACCUGUGAUCAAUUCCUCACCCUCCUUGCAGGAGAUGAAGAAGAGCACGCUGUUCUGUUGUGCAACUACUUUAUGUCAAUGGGCAAGAAAGCCUGGCUCAUCAUAGGCACUGCGAUACCAGAGGGACCCACAGCAUAUGUGCUGACCUUUGAGCAGAGCCGCUACCUGAUAUGGAAUCCCAGCAGUGGUCAGUACUAUGGCCAGUAUGACACCUUCUGCCCACUGCAGACAGUCGGUUGCCUAGUCAAUGCUGACAAUGUGUGGCUAAACAUUCAAGAAUGUACCUCUCCAAUGAGGAUGAGUUUUGACCUCACAAAAACAAAUAUCUGGAAGCCCUUUUUCUCCCGCUCAUUUUCACACCCUGGGCUGUCUAGUGUACAGCCAGAGAAGCUGGUAUAUCGACGCACAGACAAUGCAGCUGCAGCAGAGCUUCAGGACAGAAUUGAGAAGAUCCUGAAGGAGAAGAUCAUGGAGUGGCGCCCUCGUCACCCAACCCGCUGGAACCGCUUCUGCACCACCACCCUCAAACGGUUCCUUCCGAAACUGGAGCUGAGCGGUGGGCGGGACAUGGCUGAGGGGCACCGCCACGAGUUGCAGAGCCUGCUGGGAGACAACAGGAUUUCAGGAUUCCCCCUGCACCUGCCAUUCUCCGAGAUCCGGCCCAUCAUAGAGGCAGUGCACAGCACUGGAGUUCACAAUAUUCAGGCAUCCAAUGUGGAGUUUGCGCUGGCUGUGUACGUGCACCCUUAUCCUGACAAUGUCCUGUCUGUGUGGGUGUACUUGGCCUCGCUCGUCUGCCCAUGACAUGAGACUCACUGAUCUCACUGUCAAUCGCUGCUUUUGUAGAUACAUGAACCUAAUUUCAAAUGGAGCUCAUUACAAUGCUCACUUUAAGUACAGUAAACAUUUGUAUCAAAUGUAUUUUGGUUAUGGGUUUGCUAACUACAAUUCCUAUGCAAUCCUUUAUCCAAAGUCCCAUAUCAUAAAAAAUAAGAUUUUCAUGUCUUGUUAGAUAAAGAAGCAGGACUAGGUGUUAUGCAAAUACUGCGAAAGUAUCAAAUCGCUCAGUCCACGGGGAAAUUCACAAGGCCCAUAUUCAGAAACGGUGCCCUAAGGACUUCUGUAACUUUGUGAUGUCACUACAGUCACUGCACAGGAACGGAAAACCAGCUAAUAUCAUGGCUGAGUGUGGACUGCAAUCAUGUAAUCAUUAUUGAUUAUGCUGACAUCGUCUAUCUGAACACCUCUGACACAAACCUUUAAACCCCCCUUGUAUUUAAUUCUCAAUGUAGAUUUGUUUUUGAGGUGUCCAUAUAGAACUCAUUACUGUUUCUCAAAAGAAUCUCUUAGUUGGUUGCAGCCUAAAUCUAGGCUGAAAAUAUAGACAACAUUAACAAUGCUGGGGAUUUAUAUUGUAACCGGUUAUGGACAUCACAUUAUCCCAUUUAGUUUUAUGCCGCACAUUUGAUCAGAGUAUGACGAGGUGUGUUUACCAGACUAUCAGCACGCGCUUUUUGAAACACAGGCUUUUUAUUUUUAUUGUCUUUGUCCUCUAUUGGUUAUUGUAUAUUUUUGUUGCAUUUGUGAUAUUCCAACCUCUUUCCUGAUGUUGUAACAAGUGAAUUUCCCCUGCGUGGGAUAAAUAAAAAAGUACUAUCUCA